AUGAAAAUAUUAAAUAUAUUAAUUGUUUGGAAGGAAGUAAAUUCAUUGAAUUUUAAUUUUUUCAAAAUAUUUUUAGAAAAAAAUUUCAAAGUUUAUGUUUAUGCAGAAAAUUCAUUUAAUAAACCUAAACAUUGUUUUAAUUAUUCCUUAUAUUAUUUUGAAAUUGAAUGUAAUUUUGAAGAAGAGUUAAAUAAAGAUGAAAAAUAUAUGAGUAUUGGCCUUAAAAAUUCCAGUACAAAUAAAAGUAUUAGAUUUUCUGCUAUGAAUGAUAAAGUUUUUAAUGAGAAAAAUGAAUCAUUUAAACUUGACAACACUUCUUGGAAUAAUAACGAUAUUUUUGGCUGCGGAUUAGUUUAUCCUCCAACUAAUAAAUUAGAUGAAUUUCCUUAUGUCUUCUUUACACAAAAUGGAAAACAAAUUGGUAAGGCUGUAUUAUUGAAGGAGAAUUUCAAUUCAUACAAACCAUAUGUUCGAGUGGAAUGUUGCUCAAUUGAAGCUAAUUUUGGAAAUGAUUUGGAAUCUAAGCUAUUUAAUUAUGACAUUUCAAAACAUUCAAUUCUUGAUGAAUUUUAUUGA